AUGUGGCCGAAAAUUAGGGAUUUGAAAAUCAGAAAUAGUACCCAUAUUUCUUCAUCGAUCUUUGCUUGCUCAGCUGCACAGUUGCUUAAUUUUUCUCAACCCGUUUUGAUUUCAGCUUUUGCAGAUGCGAAGCAGCAAAUCAGAAACAAGCCGCAGAAAAGCUUCAAUGUAAACGACGAGUAUAUUUGUGCUCUGAGGACCAAAUCCUACGUUGAAUUCUUCAUAAAAGCUCAAUCGGUCAUCGAAGAAUCAUCGCCGCCGUCUACAUCCUCCUCCACCGGCCGCCGCCGUCGCCGCAAAUUAUCGGGAACGAUUUUGCUCGAGCCUAGUCAAGAAGCCAUUCCUUCAAUUCUUGAAUCGCCAUUUCUUCUGAUGUUGCCCGAUCUUAAAAGCCUCUUAAUCGAUUACUUCAAUGUCAGUGCGGAGGCUUCAAAAUUCUGCACUCGUCUCCUUGAGGACGUCGAAUUAACCAGAUCUAACUCCCGCUCCAUCCAAAAAUCGCUCGAUUCGAUCGAGAAUUGCUCUUCUCCGGAGACAAUAGAAACAAUCGCCUCUGAAUUUCUCGCGCUGCGGGAGCCAUUUUCCGAUCCUGACAAACACGAUUUCGCGCUGAUCCACGACGAUUACGAGGCAGUUUCGCGUCGCCUGAACUGCACGAGGAAGAAGGUAGCCAGAAAGAUCAAAUCGAUCGAAAUUAUCGAGACGAUUUCGUGUGGAUUGGUCGCCAUUACAGCUCGCACUCUCACAGAACUAUUCCGAUUCCCCCCGGAAUCCUUCCGCAGAAAGCUUCUCAGAUAUCAGAUGAUUAGAAAUGGCGGCCUCGGCGAAGUAGGCGAACAACUGGAGGCGGCAGCGAAGGGAAGUUACAUACUGAACAGAGAGUUCGACACGACGAGCCGACUCGUGGCGCGACUGGACGACGCCAUGGAUCACGGCAAGGCGAUGGCGCGAUUGUUUGUGGAAAGGAAGGAGGAUAAAUUUGCAGUUCAGGUAGCCAUGGAUGAGCUGAAGAAGAGCAAUCUGAGGCUGAGAAAUCAAGUUGAAGAGGUUGAAGAACACCUGUAUUUGUGCAUUGUGACGAUUAACAGAGCCAGAGGGCUGGUGAUUAACCAGAUCCAGAUGAAAUCGCAUCCUUAA